UUUCCGGUUCAAAGGGGGUUACUCUGUUGUUCCUGAAUGUUCUUUCCCAUGUUUUCCAUCUCUAGCAAGAGACCAUGUCGAUACCCAGCUCCUCCUACCAGAGUUAAUCAAUGUCCUCUAUUCUCUUCCUGGCACUUGCGGUGCUGCUGCUACUCAAGGUCGCUGCGAUUGAAUUAAUCGACCCGCCUGAUGGCUAUGAAUUCGCUGUUGGCGAGCCGACAACGAUCAAAUGGAAGCCCGUUGCUUCAAACGGGACAGUGACUCUGGAGUUUAUGUGGGGGGCAGCCAUUGCCUCUGACGAUGGAGAUGUUAUAGCAUCCGAAAUCCCAGAUUCAGGGCGCUUUACCUGGACUCCGCCAGACGAUGUCAAGGACUUCGACAACUACACCAUCUGCAUAUAUCCAGACCAGCCGCCGCAGAACUUCGACUGUCUUCCGAUUUUCUCGAUUGAUGGAGCAGGCGAUUCCAAGUCCAAGACUUCUUCUUCGGCCACCCCCUCAAGCUCCCCCACCAGCACGCCCGAGCCGACACCGAGCGAAGAUUCGAAUCUGGAUGAAACGAGUAACGGCCUAACAACAGCAGCCAAAGCCGGUAUUGGUAUUGGCGGCGGAGUUGGUGUUGUUGUUGUAGUAGUAGUGGUCUUUAUUGGCUUUUGCUGCAUGAGGCGUCGCAAACAGACCACGCCUGGAGAUCAGUCCUUUCCCCUUACCUCGAAUCCUAAUCCAAGCAUGACGAAGAAUGCGCAUGGAUCAACAAUGGAGCUGCAUUCCAACGCGUCCCGCCCAAAUGUAAAUGAGUUGGUGGGUAACAGUAUCGGUGAGCUCCAUGGGAUGCAGCAGUAUCCAACCGAGCUCUCAGGGGCUGGGCUGCGCGAAUUGGACGGUGAUAUGAGGCGCGCACAUGCACGACCUCCAAUCGAGCUUCCAACUAUGGAGCGGAGGUUUGUAUAAUGACUGCUUAGAUAUGUUAUGCUGGCUAAGUGGUGCUGGGAGUCUGUCAUUGCAAGCUGAUAUUCUCAAUAUAUUCAUACUCAUGUCAUAUCAAUGAAUGUCGUGCAUCAGCUUAACCCAUUUACAUUGUUGGUUCAUAUCCACACGAAUCGUUCGUCAUUCCAACACCUCUAUCAAGUAACAUAUCUCCAUUCAGAC